ACCAUCAAGAGAGAGUUGACACAGAUCAAACACAAGGUGGACUACCUGCUGGAGAGCCUAGAGCGCAUGGAGAAAGACCAGAGCAAGAAGUCAGAGAUGAAGAACUGCAAACCAGAGCCGGGCGAGGUGUCACCGCUCAACUCCUCCAGCUCCAGCAAGAAAGGUGACAGCCUGAAACGUGGCAUGAACGACUCAGAUGACGAUGGAGAUCUGCUGGACGAUGAAGAUGAGAUGAAAAACAGAGGGAGGGAUGAUGACGAUGAUGAGCCUGAGGAAGGAGAGGACGACGGGGAUAGUGCCGACGGAGACGAGUCCUAAACACCACGCACGCACGCACACACACACACACACACACACACACACAUUGUGUACGGUUGUAUCUCCACCCCAGACUUGUACGCAGUGUUAAUUUGCUCAUAUCUGCUGAAUUGACUGGACAUUUACAGCAUAUACAGUGUAUUGUAGACUUCACUUUCUCACACACACACACACACACACACACACACACACACACACACACACACACACACACACACACACACACACGUAUCGUUUCUGGAAUUAUAUUUCAAGUUGGUCGUUCGAUUUUUCUUACCUAUUAAGUUUAUUUUACUUUUUUUAUAAAUAUUUAAAUGCAAACUGUAACUAAUGUGUUACAUUUAGGCAACAUCCAAGUUCAGAUGAGGAUAGGUGUCACAUUGUUUAACAUUGUAUUUUGAAUUCCAGUGUAAAAAAUGACAGAAAUAGUUUUUUUAGAUUACGUGACGUCCAAAACACAUAGCAAGAGCUACAAUUUAAGCAAAAGCGGGAUAAAAAUGUUCUACGGUUUGAAUAUAAGUCAGGCUUGAUACGAAAUACCAGAUAUGGUACUACAGUCAAGGCUUGAAAAUGUAUAAAAUAUAUUCCUGAUCCAGUUGCUGUAUGUUUUCCUAUUAAACAGCAGGUGGCAGUGUAUCAAAACAACUGGCCACAUAAAAAGACCACAAGGACUUAAUUAUGUUCGCUCUCUGCUUGUAGGAUAACACCAUAAGCAUGUACAAAGCCUUGUAUCCGAAUGCAGAUAUUCAGACAAAUCCUCUGAAAAUAGUUUUGUUUGUUUGCGAGGUGUUGCGACCUUAACUGAUCUUGACUUGUGUAAUGCAGUGCUACUUCAUGUUUGUCUCUUUCUGUUGAAGUUUUAUUUUGUCAUUCAACUGCACUGGUAAAAGUGAAUAAACAUGUUUUCCAAGUUG